CGGUCACCGUCGGUCAUCAUUCGCUCAAUACCGGGAUAGAGAAACAUCAACGACCUUCAUCGGAAAGGAUCAACAUCGGAUUUACAAAUGAAACGAGAUGGACCUCCUCGGUCAAGCGUACGAUCGGUAUCCUCGGAGGUCAAAGCUCGGCAUCAUAUUGCGUUCAUGCAAUCGAAAACAUUUCAUCCCUGCCCCUUCCUUCACCCGACAACGACCACAAGAAUGGUCACUUACAUCAUGAUUCAGUUUGAUCCUGAUAGUCACCAGGACGUAUUAGAAAGAUUAGAUUACACUUCAUCUCAUCGCCAAAUAAACUAUCAUGAUCGAAGAUCCUAAUAAAAACCAAGAACGUCAGCGAGCCUACCUCCAAUAUAUAAAUGUGUAGACCUACGGCACCUCGACGAGCUCCUCCCAUGUAGAAGUUUUCCUAAGAACGCUAUCCUCACCCUUAAGAACGAACACAAAAAGAACCACCCUCCAGCUCCAACUACUUACAAAGUAUGUCGUACACCGUCCAACGUGGGCCCCAUGAGGCCAUACAGAUCGAUCAGAUCUUGAAGGGAAGGGAUCCCUUCUACAAAGCCCAAAACUUUCGAGAAAGCGACAAAUUCUCAAGGACAUUGCCUCUGGAUAAGGCUUGAAGAUACAAGUCAAAAUCAUUUCCAACGGUCAUUAUCUUCCGUUUCCACCCUCUACUAGGUCCUCUAGGGAUUCAUCUGAAGAAAUGAUAAUGAAGGGAAGAAAUGAAUUGACUUGAGCUCCUCUAAUCUAGCCAACUGUCACGGGUCAUGUCGACCCUCACCCGCAUUUACCUGCGAAGGCAGGGACAGACACUUUCCAGGACAGGCGAUAGACAUGAGCAAUAAGCCACCGAUAUGGUACUAGUAGUGCUACGCAUGAUGUAGUAUGAGCAAGAAUAAAAAAGCAACGAUAUUAUCAUGGUAUUGGACAUGAGACUCUCAGAGUUAAGACACCGUUCUGGAGGUUAUGUGUAGUUUCUGCUCUGACUGACACUGUGUCACACAUCCAGGUACGACAGUUGGAAAGGCGACAAUAGAGAAGGAUGCCACAAGUUGCCUGGUUAUGGGGCCAUGAAUCAGGAUCAUUUGGAGAUAUUCAAGAAUUUUAGAAUACAACUCCCCAGUGAAAGACUAAGAGAACACCAGAGGCUCAAGGAAGGCAUAGCGUAUGCAGCGAAAGGGAAAGCAGAACACAGCGCGUAUUGAUGCUGUGCUGGGUUUUUUCUGUUUUUUGAAUCUGACGUUCGGGUUCGCAUCAUGUUCUUGAAAAACAAACGUCGAAUGAGAACAAAGGGCUCAUCGCUGUGAUCAUGAGAUCAUAUUACUUCCAGUUCUAAGAUCAUUGAGAUAGAGAUAUCAAUUUUCUCUCGCAUCCCUUGCUGUUGCACACACCCACAACAGGUUCAUGCGGCAAUCCAAAAUAGUGCAGAGGCAGUAUAAAAGUGGCCUUCUCGGUAUAGACGGACCGACGCGGCCAGACACGGAGCUUUAUAAAGAGCGGUAAAUGCUUAAGCUUAAGUUGAAACUAGCUACAACUUCGAGUUUGUCUUCGAUUCAAUGUGAAUAGAAAUUUUUUGGAGCAGUAAUAUCGAUUCUGAUGAUUCACAACGACGAGGACAGUCAACUCGCUUCCUUCUCGCCUACAACCAGGUACGAAAUGUUCAAGGCACAGGAGGAUGCUAGUAACGCAGACAAAAGGAGAGAUUUCUUAGCGGAGAAAGAAAGGGCUAGCGACGUGAUAACGAAGCCACAACACGAGAAUGUGAAAAAUGGUGAGCUCCUCCUGAUGAAGAAAAAAAAAAAUGUUUUUGAAAACCUGCCUGAACGUUGAACACGUGGGGACUGAAAAUAGCUUUUUCCUUUAUCUUCUAUUGAUUUGUUGUACCCCCGUUCUUUUUUGUUGUCCUUAGUUACUUAAACCACACUAGCUCCUGCUACUCCACCAUCUUCAAACAUCAUCAGUUGACUCGUCUUCCAAAACUAAACCACCACUAACAGACGUCGGCCGUUUUCCUGCAGCGAACCCGCGUUCCCACGAUAUUCCAAUACAGCGGAAGGACGUGGAUCCCGUAAGACAUCCUUACAGAUUCUUCGACACUCAAUAUCGCCUCUUCGCAGAUGUCGAGAGGGGUCGAGAGAUGACCCGGGCUAGGGCUUUGCGCAGUCACGAACUCAGGGACAAGCACUACGAUAUCAUCAAUCACUGCGACAACAGCCUGGAUAUGAGGGUCACAUAGUCGUGCUCUCAAAGAGGUGUCGUGGUAGUGGUUCUACUUACUUCUAGACAUGUUGCCAACCUCUGCUCGUCUACAAAUAUAAUUAACCUUUAAUAGGACUCCAAUUUCAUUUUUACUACCAUCUAAAUAAGAAGAACAUACGCAUUCAUACUGAAGACAAUAGCAUGGUUUUGGAUCAUCAUCAUCUCUUCAAAUGAACUCGUCUUUCGAUAUUGAUUCUACUUUUCAGACUGGCGACAAACAAGAAGCUACAAAGAUUUUGCAAAGGAUUCUACAUGCAGAGCUGAUUGAACAGAUACUCGCAUAUCAAGUUAUAACGAUGACCUAAACUACUAUGACUAUCUGAUGACUUUCCCAACUACUCUUAUUCUCUUAUUCUCAAACACAAACCAAAAUAACUACUGAUGCCACUCAUGAAAAUUACAAAAAAUUGGAUCAACGAAAUCAGUCACUGUCUCAUGCAGUGUACUUGAAAUUAACGAAACCGUUUACAACAUAUUAGCAUUUCGAGCGUGUCCAUGAUGCAUGAUCAACAUGAUGAUUUCCAUUAUCAUCGUACCAUAGAAACACUACUUUUUGGUCUUCUACAUUCAUGGAUGCGAGCACUUCAUUCAGCAUGAUGUUCAUGUUGACGUGACAAAAGCCCGCGUAAGUGAAAGUGUAGAAACAAAAAAGAGAACAAACCGAAAAAUGACACUCAUGAUGUGUGAAAAAAGUUGACAG